AUGUCGUCGUCGACGCAAAACCAUAAUGGAUCUUUAAGACAGCGCCAAGGCAAUGGGCGGGCGGCUGCACACGACCACGAAGACGACCACACGCAUUCACAUUCGCAUUCAAUAUUUGGCCACUCGCAUUCACAUGGCGACCAUGGACACUCGCAUGCCCAGGAUGCGGAGAAGAUUAUAGCAGCAUUGAAGGGCUCAGGGGAUAGGGGAAGCCAAAUAACCUUGGUCGGCCUCUUUGCAAACAUUGGUCUAACUGCAACCAAGGGCGUAGCUGGAUGGUACCUUCACUCAGCGUCCUUACUUGCUGAUGCCGGUCACUCCUUGAGUGACCUGCUUGGAGACUUUGUCACUCUAUUCUGCUGGAGACUAUCACGAAAACCCUCAUCACAACGAUACCCCUAUGGAUUCGCCAAAUUUGAAACACUCGGUACCACCACCAUAUCCAUCCUUCUCAUUGGCGGCGCACUCGGAAUCGGUUUCCACUCAUACCACCUCUUAAUGGUCGCCCUCGCCGAUUCAGCGGCGCAUCUUUCGCCUGGCCCUCUUCAAGAAAUCCUCCAAGCCGUCUCUAGUGCACCUGUGCCCCAGAUAGGUCAUGUCCACGCUCAUGGUGUUGACCCCAACGCAGCAUGGUUUGCUGCAGUCAGCGUCGUAGCAAAGGAAUGGCUUUACCGGAUAACCAAGACCGUCGCGGACGAGGAGAGGAGCCCGGUCUUGCUAGCGAAUGCUAUUCACCAUAGGAGUGACGCCUAUUCCAGCUUGGUCGCGUUCUUCGCGAUCGUCGGAACCUGGCUCUUCCCCGCAUUCCCUUUAGAUCCCAUUGGAGGCUUGGUUGUAUCAUUGGUCAUCCUCCGACAGGGCUACGAGUUACUUAAAGGUGCUUGGGGCGACCUUACAGACGCUAGUGUAUCCCCGAGGACACAUGCAUCCAUUGAAAAGAUUUUACAACCUUUGAUCACAAAAGAAUCGCCAGCCACCGUCGCUCAUUCUUCUAAACCAACCAUACUGGACAUCAGCCAUUUACGCGCCAGGCAGGCAGGUUCGACGAUCUUUGUAGACCUUACCGCGGUUGUGCCUGGUAGCAUCACCGUGGAUCAAGCCCAUGCUCUGGACGCUAGGAUACAAGAGUUGGUGAAGGAGAAGAAGAAAGAGGUGGCGGAGGUUAGAGUUAAGUUUGAGCCAUGGCAUUCUAGUCACUGA